AUGGCGUCUACUGAAAUCCCCGACCCAGAAACCGGCAAAUCUGAACAGCUUCCGAUGUCAGCUGCACCACCAACACAACCACCGUCUCCAGCUGCCGGUUUCCUAGACUGCCGGAAAAUAGACGUCAUAUUAAGAGUUGUGCUUUUCUCGGCUACACUGACUGCUCUUAUAGUAAUGGUGACCAGCGACCAGACGGAGAUGACUCAGCUCCCCGGAGCUCCGUCUCCUACUCCUGUCUCAGCCGAGUUUAAUUACUCGCCAGCUUUCAUAUACUUCGUGGUGGCUCUUGUAGUGGCUAGUUUCUACGCCUUAGUCUCAACACUUGUUUCCAUCUCUAUACUCUUGCGACCUGAGUUCGCUGGACAGUUCUCCAUAUACGUAACCUCCCUGGAUAUGGUGAUGCUGGGGAUUCUAGCGUCUGCAACGGGAACGGCGGGAGGAGUUGCGUACGUAGCGUUGAAAGGAAACGAAGAAAUUUGUUGGAACAAGAUUUGUAAUGUCUACGACAAGUUUUGUCGUUACAUUGCAACUUCGCUUGCCUUAUCUCUCUUUGCUUCUCUUCUGCUUCUAAUGUUAUCUAUUUUCUCUGUUUGCAAGAGAACUACAUGA